GGUUCAUAGCCGUGGUUUCGAAUCAUUCACAGUCAUUCCGUGACUUCGGUAGAUCGUGGUAACGCCGGUACUCUCCGUUGAUUUCUCCCUCGUUAAUCCAUGAGAAUUUUCUUUUCGUAAUUAUCUUAUUCACUUGUUUCUUUUAUUUAUUUAUUUUUUUUUUGUUCUUUUUUCUUGCUUUUUCUUUAUUCCGAUUUUUUUUAUUUUGUUUUAUUUUUAUUCUGUUUCUUUUUUAUUUCUGCUUUUUGUUUUUUUUUCAAUUAAAACAAUAAUCCUGGCAGUGACAAAAUAUUUUCAACGAAAUUUUCUUAACAAAGAAAAUCCAUUGGAUAUACGACUUCCAUACGGCAAUCGUUGUUUAUGCUCGUAUGCAAAAUCGUAAAUUUUCCAUUCAUUGUCAAUAAAUUAUUCAUUGUCGGGAUGUACAUUUAUACAUAUAUACAUAUAUGUAUAAGUUCAUACCUGCAUACAUGCAUAUGUAUGUACAUACGUAAAAUAUACACAAGUGUAUACACAUUACGAACGUCUUAUCGAGAAAUUGGAAUUUGUAUUUAAUCGACAAUAACGAUCGUAAAUGUGAAUUCUUACUUCUUUGAUAGACUAUCGACGCAGUAAGAGUUAUUCGAAAUUCUGUUAUUUUUCGACGAUAUAAAAGAAAAGAGAAAAAAAGACUGUGCAUUUAUCGUUAACAUUGAUCUUUGAAAUAGAAGAAUCUUUUUCGUCAAAAAGAGAAAAAGAGAGAAAUAAAUUAUCGUAUUUUGGAAGCACCGUAUAAGUGGUUCGAAAGAAAGUGGUAAUUUAAAGGAGAGUGAGAGUUUUAGUUCACUCUCGAGGUCAGUCUCUUCUUCCUUGUCUUCUCGUUCGCAUACUCGACAGAAUAUAUACUUACUUCGAACUUACUCUCGCUAAGGUAUUGUUUUACGGCUCGUACAUCUCGAAUAACACAGUUACACAUCGUCGAACGUACACGUGGGUGCAUACAAUACGUACAUAUAUAAAAGUCCGCGCGUGUUGAAGAAAAGAAAAAAAGAAAAAAAAAAAAGAGAAGAAAGAAAAAAUGGGUUAAGGUUUCUCGUUCAUUUGCGUUAUGCAAAAAUCACGUACGUGAGAGUUCGAACAUAGUUGUAUUUUCGAUAAAAGUUUCAAAUUAGACUUCGGCUUAUUUAAAAGAAAGAAUUUAAUGAGUAAUACGCACGUGAAAACAAAGGAAACAUACUAAUUUUAUUAAUUUUGCAACUAAAUUGUCUCGUUUUAUUUCUCGUUCGAAACAGUAAAACUUUUAGGGAUCGAAAAGUUUUGAAAGAGUUCGAUUUUAUUUUUUGUAAUAUUUUUUUCAUUUUCGUUCAGUUUUGUUAUCUUUUUAUUCAUCGUUUAUUCAUUCGUCCUUUUCGUGUCCUUUUUUGUUUAGCUAUUUAUGUUUUUUUCCUUCUUCUUCUUAACGAACAAAAAUCAAUAUGGUUUUUGACGCGAGCACGAUACGGCUAGUAAUACUCUUAGGUGUGACUUUAUAUCUACAUGCCGGAGACUACAGUACCGUUAUACCUUCGAUAUUUGCCAAAAACGUGGAGAAGAAUGAUACAAAUCCUAAUAAAGGACCAAUUGGUCCACCCAUAAAAGGAUCUAAAGAAAUAUUAACAAUUGACUCUACAACGAAAAAAGAAAGCGAGAAAGACAAUGGGAUCACACGACGAGCCAAAAUGAUGACAACAAUCAAGACAGCCUGCCUGCCAAAACUUAUUUGCGAAUUGACGUCUUCUGUUCACCAGGAUCAACUGAGCGAGAUGGAACGUUCGCUGUUGACUUUGAUCCGGGACACAAGUUUGAGUACGAUCGCAGAAGUGCCCUCGAGGUAUCAUUUCGCUGCGCACAUGGGUCAAUUAAUUUCCGGUGUGGAAGGACAAGGCUGCCAUAAUUUUUAUCCUACUUGUCCUCUACCAAGUGUUAGUGUACUUAACAUGAUGAAGAAAGUUAGACUACAAUGAAAAAAAUCAACAGCUUGAUAUACUUUUUUAAUCGAUGCUAUCCGAAGAAUCUCGUGUUGCUGUGAAAGUUUUUUACACUUACGACUGUAUCUGUGAUAUUCUUACGAUGAGUUGGGAGAAUGUAAACGACGUACGAACGAAUGUUACUUUUUUUUUCUUUUUUCUUUUUCUUUCGUUUUUGUGUAAGAUAAGAUAUUAAUGAAAUUACACGUGUAAUUACGAGACAAGUGAUCGAUGAUGGUUCGAAAUUUCUUAGAUUUUAAUGUAAUCGAAGAACUACUAAUACACCUUAUACGAUAUUACCAUUGUAAUAUUUUUAUCAUGUAAAACUACGAAUAUUGUUAUCAACUUGAUCGUCGACGUUACAACCGUGUUUCGUUCCUGUAAAAUAUUUUCAUCAAAAUAUUUUUAUUUCGUUAAUGAGUAUUUACGAGACAACCGUAACGAAGAUCACGAUAGCAUACUCGAUAAGAAUAAAUAAAAAUCAAAUACGAUCGUAAAAAAUAUUUUGUUCUCGUAAUACUUGAAAGAUUUUUAAUUCGUAUAUCAAUUUCGGAGAACUGUAAUAAGUACACGAGUACUUAUUGUUGACUUAUCGUAUAAUAUUUAAGCGAAGCGUAUAAUAUCUACGAGACCAGCCAAAGAUGAGAUCGAUGUAAUAGAUCUUCUCUUCCGCUUUACAAGUUCAUUCAUCCCUCUUACACCCUCGCCUCUUCUACAGUUCAAUCAUCCCUGUUAGUCGUACUCCGGCAAUUAUUGCGAUCAUACUCGAAAGAUAAUUCGCUGUAUCGCUUUACCCCCUUUCAACGUCAUUAUAAUCGGCUAUUUAAUCUGCCUUACGAUACGACCGUACAGAGAUAACAAGAGAGAUCAUUCGAGAUAGUAAUUAUUUCCCCCGUAACUCUUUCCGUUAACAAUCGAUCCUUUAUCCUUCAAAAUUGAAUUAUGAAAGACGAUUAACAUUUUAGCCGGAGAUGAAUAGAGAAUCGUAUUGAUACGAAAUAUAAUUAUUCGAAACUUAAUCGAUAAUAUCAAAAAUAUAUAUAUAUAUAUAUAAAAUAUCUGAUAUAUUAAACGUUAUAAAAUAUGUUUUUAUCUGAAGAUUAUUAAACGAAAAUAAAAAGUAAAUUUUAUUAUUGAAUUGAAUAAAGAAACAAAUAAA